GGUUGCCACGCACGAGCACACGCGUCCGAUGGACUGAUCUGCCGCCGACAAAUAUUCAAUUCGCCAUGGGCGAACGUCGUUGAGGUCGGCCGCCACCAGCAGACAGAGAAGCCAAUCGGACCAAAAACCUCCCGAUGAUAUGAAACCGGAGGUUGAAGAUGCCGUCAAGACUGAAAAUGUUGGAGAAGAACCUGCCUUGACAGCAAUUGGAGGAGCCGUCGACGCCAAAACAUCCUUUUUAGCGCAAGCAUCAGACGGCCAGUACUGAAAAUUGCCCUGGAACGGGCUGCAACCACUAACCGGGGUCCUGUGAAGAGCCACCGCACCCGUGGCAUGUUCGCCAUGCCCAAGAACCGCGUCGCGGGCCUCCGAAGUGGAGGUUGAUAAGGGCAGUGUCGACCAAUCAAACGGAUCCAGUAACAUUGACUAGCCUUGCUCCAAUGCAAACAAUGAGGAGGAAAAACUUCAUCGGAGCAAAACAGAGAAGAGACCAAAGGUUUUAAAGGGGAAAUAUGUCUCAACUCAAAACCAGUCCACAAGGAACCCAUAGUGGUUGAGAUUGAAGAUUCAGAGCAAACUAGCCGGAAGCGGAUUUUUUGAAGAUUAAAUCAGGCAGGUCAACAACGGAAGGAUUGCAGGGCAAAUUAUUGGAUUCGCUGGGAAGAGAGAGGCAAUUAUUUAUAGAUGAUGCAGGGGUAGAGAUCAAACCGUCGGCAUCCUGUCCGGGAGACCCGGCACCAAUUCCGUCAGCAAGAACUACCACACUUCCAUGCCGCCGGAGCCUCCCCGCCAGCGACAAGAAUCCUCCCGAAAACGCCUCUAAGGCAACUGCAACUACGAUAAUGUACAAGGAGAUGAAGGUGGCUGGCCUGGCCUCCCCUCCCCUUCCUCUCCGGGCAGCAAAGCCGCUGGAGAGUUCUCUUUGGGGAGAGGAGGCGGCGAGAGGGCUCGGAGUUGUAGCAAUAGGAAGAGAGGAGAGAGAAAGAAAAGAAGAAAUGAACCCCAGCUACUUUUUCUUUAGUCUUGAUUCAAAUUUUCACUUUUGUGACAUCUCCACGCUUCUUAUUACAACUAUUACGGCGUUAUUGUACACAUGUGGUUUCCAUCCAUUUUGAACAUGAACACCAUUUUUGUGAUGCUCAACAAGCACGUCCAACGAUGCUUGGUCCAUCUCAAGAGACCAUUGCACAUAGUUCCUAGCACUGAGCUCCAGACAAAAAAAACGCAAACGACACGCCUUCCUCGUGGUACGCAUGUGCGCGUGCAUCAGAUGGGAUCUCAGCCCUUCAAGUUGUCAACGUUCAGAUGCUGUCUCGUUGGAAGAAGAUACUCACGACCCAAAUCAUCCUUGGUCUUGAUCAGUUCCAAAUGGGUUGUUGUAGGAGAGUCUCAGUGUUAAUCACUACUAGUAGCACAGAUAAUUCCGUCCGCUCCCAAUUAAAUCGGUUGUUAGAGAGUACUAGAAUCAAUUAGCACAAAUCAGCAGCUGCUGAUUCCUGUCUCAUUCCAUGAUUCCAUCGCCUCCCAAUUCACCAAGUCCCAACCGGCCGGGCGAUCCCAGAUUCCCAGCGCAAAACAAUGCCGGCGCCCACCGGCGAGAGGCCGCUGGUGCUCCUGGCGCAGCCGCUCUUCCCUGAGUUAGCCGCCGCGCUCGCCGGCCGCUUCCGGUUCGCUCUUGCCGCGGACGCCGACCCGGCGGCCGCGGCCGAGGCGAGGGUGCUGCUCGUGCCGAGGCUCGCGCCGGUCACGGCCCAGCUCCUGGGCGGGCUCCCGGCGCUGGAGCUGGUCGCGGCCACGACGGUGGGCGUCGACCACGUGGACCUCGAGGCGUGCCGGCGCCGCGGGCUCUGCGUCACCAACGCCGGCGCCGCGUUCUCCGUCGACUCCGCCGACUACGCCGUCGGGCUCGUGGUCGCGGCGCUCCGCAGGGUCGCCGCCGCCGACGCGUUCGUCCGGAGCGGCAGGUGGGCUGUCAACGGCGACUACCCUCUAACCACCAAGGUGAGCGGCAAGAGAGUGGGGAUCGUGGGGCUGGGCAACAUCGGCGCCCUCGUGGCGCGGCGGCUCGCGGCCUUCGGGUGCGCCGUCUCCUACCACUCCAGAUCCCCCAAACCGGCGGCGCCCUACAAGUUCUUCCCGGCGGUGCGCGACCUCGCAUCCGACAGCGACGUGCUGGUGCUGUCCUGCGCGCUGACGGAGGAGACGAGGCACAUGGUCAACCGGGAGGUGAUGGAGGCGCUGGGCAAGGACGGCGUGCUGGUCAACGUCGGCCGGGGCGGGCUCGUCGACGAGCCGGAGCUCGUCAGGUGCCUCCGCGAGGGCGUCAUCGGCGGCGCCGGCCUCGACGUGUACGAGGACGAGCCGGCCGUGCCGCGGGAGCUGUUGGGCAUGGACAACGUCGUGCUGUCGGGGCACAAGGCCGUGUCCACGACGGAGUCUAUCCGCGGUGUCGUUGAGAUCGUUGCAGCCAACCUCGACGCCUUCUUCUCUGGGAGGCCGUUGGUCAGCCCUGUACAACUCUGAAAUCAUUUGGUUUUGAUGGAAUGAAUCCGCCCUCCAAUGC